AUGUCGAAGGAAUCCAAAUAUGACAAAUCAUAUAAAAGAGACCUAAUUUUAAAAGCAUUUGAAAUUAUAUCUGAGGAAAUCAUAAACCAUAAUGAACAUUUUGCUGUACAAAAAUGGUAUGCUUUAAUUUUGGAUGCUAAAAGUUCAUAUGACGGGAUCAAAGAAAGAAUAAAACAACUUGAAAACAUCAAAAAGCAUAUGGAUCUUGCUGUAACAUUAAAUCCAAAUGAUGCUACAACUUUGCAUAUGCUAGGUGAAUGGUGCUAUCAAGUUAGUGAACUACCUUGGCAUCAAAGGAAGAUAGCAGAAGCUUUAUUUGCUUCCCCACCACAAUCAACAUAUGAAGAUGCACUAGAAUAUUUUUUAAGGGCUGAAGCAGUACAGCCACGUUUUUACAGCAUUAAUUUAUUAAGACUUGGUAACUGUUAUCUUAAGUUAAAGAAAGAAGAUCAAGCUAAAUAUUAUUUGAAGUUAGCAGCAAGCUAUCCCGCGAAGUCCAAUGAUGACCAUCAUGCUAAUAAAGAAGCAGCAGAAUUGUUGAAUAAAUUAAGAUAA